GGGGCGCCAAAUCUGAACCGACAAGUCCAGACUAGUUAGCAAAAGCAGUAGAGAAACGAAAGUCUCCUGCGGAGAAAGCUUUUGUGGCCCGCGAGUGGGUAGAAAGCGAAGAACGCAAGACUUGCAAUAUAGCCAGGAAGGGGGGGAAGCUGCGACAACGUGUGCAAGGGCUGAAGUACCGUUGCGUAGCCCAAGUUUAUGACAGGCUUACUCGGAAGUGGAAAAUGGCCACUGCCGGAGACCAGCUGCAGUUCCAUUUAAUAACUGACUACCCUGAAGAUGUCAUAAAUGUAGGGAAAAUAAUAUUUGGUGAACAACAAAGAGACAUGAAGAAGAGGGGUAACGAAAUUGAAGGAAAGGUUCGGGAGCAGAACAAGAAGGAUAAGUUCAAAAAAUCCAACAAGGAUAUUGAAAAAGAAAUAAAAGCGUUAAAAAAGGAGCUAGAUGAGAAACUAAAAAGGCAAGCCACUCAUCUCACCCAAGCAGGCUGUUCCUUACUCAACUCAGGGGGAGGAGUGAUAAGAGCUGAAAUCGAGAAUGAGGGCUAUUCCUAUAAGCAACACGGGAUUGGACAGGACAUAGAGAAUUCUUUUCGGGACUGUAUUCAAUCAGAUUUCUUCUCUCAAUACUUUGACAUAGUCCAGGAAGGUUCUUACUUGCAGAUCUGGGUCAAAACAUGGAGUAGCGAGAGCCUAUCGCAACCUGCAGUGAUAUCAAAGGCUCGCCUCUGUUGCUUGAAGACUGGGCUGUUUUGGCGAUCUGGCACCUCAGCUGUGAAAAUGAAACCCUUGGAGGCUCUGAAGUUUCUGAAAGCGAAGCAGGCCUCUGCUAAGAAAGAUCCUGCAGAGAUGGCGGGGCUAAUGCAGAAGAGGGCUCGUCUUUGGAAUGACAGCCAGCAUUCAAGAGGAGCUGGCAUGCAGGAGGAAGGAGAUAUUCUGAAGGCCGCUGCUAAAUUUUUUGAACGAGACUGGCUGGAAUAUGAAGAGUUCCUGGAUUUCACUGAGUCAACAGAGGUUGAAUUUAAACAAUUCCCAUUUCCGACUAAGUCAACUGAGGCAGAAUUUAAGGCUGAGAACAUCCUGGAAUUUGUUAGAGCCAAACUGCCUGACUACAUCUCUGCUUUUGCAAACACCAAAGGGGGAUACGUAAUUUUUGGUGUGAGUGAUUACCGGAAGGUUAUUGGAUAUGAAGAAAACUUACAGCCAGAUCAAGUGAAAAUCGAAGUGCAGGAAACCAUUGAGAUUUUGCCCUAUUUCCAUUUCUGCACCUCUUUAGAGAAAGUCAGAGCUGAAUGUAAAAUCAUGCCUGUUUAUGAAGCUAACGGAACGAGGCAUGGUUAUGUCUUUGCUGUGCGUGUUGAGCCAUUUUGCUGUGUUGUUUUUGCGGCAGCUCCUGAUUCUUGGAUUGUGAAAGACCACCAUGUGACGAAACUGCAAGUUGAUGAAUGGAUUGAAUUGAUGACAGCAGAAGACCCAGAUCUUUCCCACUUUGAUCAAGGUUUCCAGAUCGAAUUGAGUAGGACCUGUAAGCCUCCACUUACUAAAUCGGUAUAUUCUGUUAAAGGCCUUUCCUGUGUGAAGGAUCUUCAAAGCACUCUAUGCCCUGGAGAUUCAUAUGAGAUAACUCAUAAACCAGAAGAACUCUGCACACAACUCUUCUCUGAGUAUUUGGGACUGAAGCACAUUAUGGAAAAGAAGAUGGAGGCUCUGCCAUUUUCUAAGGGAGUCCUGAUUUUUUCAAGAAGCUGGGCUGUUGAUGUUGGCCUACAGCAACAUCCACGUGUGGCCUGUGAUAUCCUCUUAGUAGCCACAGACACAGUUCCCAUGCUGUACACAAUUACUGUGAAUAAGAAUUAUUCUGACACUUCAACAAUCCCUGUGUUGGAAUAUUCAAGGAAUGUUGCCCAUAUAUUAAAGCUGAAACUGGUGAAUGAAGGGGGUUAUACUCGGAAAGUAUGUGUCAUUCCACACGUCAUUGAAAUUGGAUCCAGUGGAGAGGUAAAGCCAGAUCUGAGUCUGCUGGUCUCAUACCCUCUCACCUAUGUGGUUUCAAGAGAUGAUUUAGAAGAACUGAUCCAUGCCCUUACGAUUGUCCUGCUAAGGUUUAGGUCUUUCUUAAGUGACCAGCUUGGCUGUGAAUUUUUCAACCUUCUCACCACCAAACAGCAUGAGAUCCUAACGAAGAAUCUGUACAGGAACAAGAAGCUAUUUGUCUAUGGCCUUCCAGGAUCAGGGAAGACUAUUGUGGCCUUAGAGAUCAUAGAGAAGAUGAAAAAUGUCUUUCAUUGCAGCGCUGAUAAGAUCCUUUACAUUUGUGAAAACAGACCUCUGUGUGAGACUGUGAGAAUGAAAGAUGUCUGCCAGGCUGUAACGCGAGUCAGUUUUUUAAAAGGGAAAUAUACUCCAUCCGUGAAGCACAUCAUAAUCGACGAGGCCCAGAAUUUCCAGUCCAAAGAUGGUGACUGGUAUGGGGAAGCUGUGAAAAUUACGCAAGCGUCUGCUCAUAAGCCUGGCAUUUUAUGGAUCUUCUUGGAUUAUUUGCAAAAAACACACCUGUUGGAUUGUGGCCUUCCUCCUCCAAAUGCUCAGCAACCUCAGGAAUGGCUAACUCUUGGGGUGCGGAAUGCCACUAAAAUUUACGAUGCCAUGAAAGAACAAAUGCAUAACAUACUAUGCAGUCCCAAUGAACCGGACAUCCCUUAUGAACAGUUAGAAGCUUUGGUAAAAGAAGCUCAGUGUGGUCACAGUCUAGGAGGUACUUUAGUUAAGCCUGAGGUGAAUGAUGAAGAGGCAAUAGCAGAUUAUAUAGUAAAGGAAUGUCUUCAGUAUUUCCGAGACGGUUAUUCUGGGGAAAACAUUGCUAUCCUAUGCAGUACUGCCAUAGAAAGGAAUAAAUACCGACUCUUACUCAAGUCUAAAAUGCAGAGACAGGUGAGAAAAUUAAAACUGUCUGUAGACUUUGCAGAAGCAGAUGAGGCAAAGGGAAACAGCAUCGUUCUAGACAGCGUCCGCCGUUUUUCAGGCCUCGAAAGAAGUAUCGUGUUCAGCAUUUAUCCGUUUUCUAGCCCAGUGGCUGUUGCCGAAAAUCUUUUACUCUGCAUGGUGUCAAGGGCUAACUUGCACUGUCAUUUGAUGUUUGAUUAUCAGUGA